GUCCGUCCGCUCCGGUGCUCUCUGCUUCCCGUCGCUCCUGCCGUAGGACAGCGGCUGUUCAGAUUCAGGUCCUCGGCCGAGACAGCUCAGACAUGGGGGAGAUAACACUGCCGCGGCGCAUGUUCCUCUGGUGCAUGGCGCUCAUUUACCUCUCUGCCUUCGUUUCCCUUUACUUGCAAAUACCAGGUCUCUAUGGUAACGAGGGACUGUUGCCAGCUCGUCGGCAGCUGCGGUACAGCGGUAAGCCCCUGAUGGAACAACUGCUGUCCUCUCCCACUCUGCUGUGGCUCGGACCUCGGCUCGGCCUGGACACACACACCGCCAUGGAGCUGCUGUGCCUCAUAGGAGCAGCACUGAGCCUCGCUGCUACACUGGUGGAGGCUCUGCGAGGCAGUGUGGUGUUCUUCUGCCUCUGGGCCUUAUACCUGUCCAUGUACCAGGUGGGCCAGGUCUUUCUCUACUUCCAGUGGGACAACCUGCUGCUAGAGACAGGCUUCCUCUGUAUCCUUGUUGCUCCUCUGUCACUAAUCGGAGGGUCACGAGGGGUCAGAGAGCAUGAUGGCAUGACCUUCUGGUUGAUCCGCUGGCUGCUCUUCAGGCUGAUGUUUGCCUCUGGUGUGGUGAAGCUCACAUCACGCUGUCCCACAUGGUGGGGCCUCACAGCUUUGACGUACCACUAUGAGACUCAGUGCAUUCCCACUCCUCUGGCCUGGUUUGCUCACCAGUUGCCAGUGUGGUGGCAGAAGCUCAGUGUGGUGGCAACCUUCGUCAUUGAGAUUGCUGCACCUUUUUUGUUCUUCAGUCCUCUACGCAGACUCCGAAUUGGCUCCUUUUAUUUGCAGAUGCUGCUCCAAGUGCUGAUCAUCUUGUCUGGAAACUACAACUUCUUCAACUUGCUGACGAUGAUCCUCUGUCUGUCUCUGCUGGACGAUCAGCACGUUCACUUCUGGCUACGCAAGGCAGACAGGAGCCCCAACAGUGAGUCCAGGGUGUGGUCAUGGCUGUGUUACCUUGUGGAGCUGGCUGUCUGGUCUUUGAUGAUCUUUGGAUCAGUUCUAUGCUUUGACCUGCAGUUGGAUCAAACAAAGAGUGGCAUCUCAUCCAGGACAGCAUUCACAUUCCACCAGUUUAACCAGUUUCUGAAGACUGUUACUAUCCCAUGUAUCUGGAUUGGGGUUCUCUCUCUGACCUGGGAGAUGGUCAAAGCCAUGUUCAGGUGUGCUUGUGUGUGUGGUUUCCUGAAGAGGUUUUGUGGAACACUUCAGUGGACCGUGUUUGCUGCCGCUACUGCUGCCAUGUUCACCAUCAGUCUGGUGCCGUUCACCUACAUCGAGUAUGACUCCAAUGCCAGGUUGUGGCCAGGAGUGCGUCGUGCUAAUGAGGUUGUUAAUCGUUUCCAGCUGGUCAACUCAUACGGCCUCUUCAGACGGAUGACGGGCGUUGGGGGACGACCAGAGGUCGUCAUCGAGGGAAGCAACGAUGGAAUCACAUGGACGGAGAUUGAGUUCAUGUAUAAACCAGGGAACCUGAGUGCACCUCCCCCUGUGCUGACGCCUCACCAGCCCAGGUUGGACUGGCAGAUGUGGUUCGCUGCCCUCGGGCCUCACACACAGUCUCCAUGGUUCACCAGCCUGGUGUACAGACUGCUGCAGGGAAAGCAAGAUGUGAUAGAGUUGAUCCAGACAGAUGUGUCGCAGUAUCCUUUCCACCAGCAGCCUCCUGCCUACAUACGAGCUCACCGCUACAGAUACUGGUUCACUCGACCACAGGCUGACGGUUCUUAUCCUCAGCGCUGGUGGAGGAGGGUCUAUGAUGAGGAAUUCUAUCCCACAGUGCACCUGGGAAACACAGUCCUGGAGAGCAUGCUCAGCCACUACGGCCUCAAAGACAAAGCGCCUCCACGUACGUCCAACACAGCCGUUGCCCAGGUGGUGAGGUGGCUGCGCUCUCAGGUCAGAGGUGUUCCUGCCCACUCGCUCAUCUGGACACUCAUUGGCUGCAGCGCCACCUUCUGUCUCAUCCGGGGACUUUUGAAGAGGAACGCGGGGACGACGCUGGAGCAUCACACAGAAAAGUCAGAUGAACCGCAGGCAGUGGAGGAAGAAGAGGAGAAGAAGAAGAAAAGAGAGGACAGUGAAGAUGAAUUGGAGGAGGCUGAAGAAGACGAGCAGGAUUCUGCUUGUGAUGAUGAAGAGGAAGAUGAUGAAUGAGAAGAGAACUUUUGAAGAUGUAGGUUAAUGGCUUUUUUUUAUCACCACCUGCCUUUAAAAUUGUUUUCCUGUUUCACAAUUUACCAAAUACUGAAUAUGUCCAACUUCCUGCACUACACUGUUUUUACUGUAUUUCUGUUUUCCUCACCAGAAACCAACCCACCACCUAAUCUCCAAGCUGAAUUCAAUAAUUAAUCUCAUUGGGUGUUUAUAUUUUAUUUAAAUCCUCUAUUGUAUAACCCUUUAUAUCUGCAGAUCAGGUCAUAUUGAAUCACAAUAGAGAAAAAUAUAUAAUAUAAGAUGGUGGAGGGUUUGUUUUGUUUGUGUGUGUGUGUGUGUGUGUGUGUGUGUCUGUCAUCCUGUGGAAAUAAUGCUGCACUUUUUAUUUCUAGUCACCAGCUUUUCUUUUGUCUUUCACAGUAUUAGAAAUGACAUAAAAUACUCUU